AUGAAGUUCACUGGAUUGACCAUUUCGCUCGCCCUGGCUGGUUUGGGCCACUCUGCUGCUCUUCCCGUUCUCGGAAACGUUGCGGAUCCCGUUUCUGGCAUCGCGAGCGCCGUUAGUGGUGUCACCGGCUCCGCUGCUGAAAUUGUUACGCCCAUCACCUCUACCGCUGGCGGCCUGACUGGCAACAUAAAGCGAGACGAUGCUGCUGCUCCAGGUGGGACUGUCGAGACUAUUCCAAGCCUUGCCAAUAGCGCUGUCGCCAUUGUUGGUAGUGCUGUUAGUACCGGUGAAAGCUUCGUUUCUCGUGCCGGUGCAGCCACAAAACGUCAGCUCAACGACCUCGUUGGAAGCACUCUCGGAAGUGCCGUUCCCGCCAUUAUUCAAGACGCUAAAGCUGGCGGCCUGGCAAGUGCAACGAAGCGCGAUGGAACUGCCGCACUUGGGGGGACUGUUGAUGCCAUUCCUGGCCUUGCCAGUAGCGGUGUCGCUAUUGCUGGAAGUGCCGUUGGUGCUGGUGAGAGCCUUCUCUCUGGUGUCGCUGGUACCGCAGAGAACGCUGUUGGCCGUAAUUAG